CUUUUCUUUUCUUCUUUACUUCUUACAUUAUCUAUUGGUGUGGAUGACCAAAGCGACAAAAUCAACUAUCGACAAACCCAAACGAGUCAAAGUCACCUUGGCUUGUGUGAUUUGUAGAAAGAAAAAAGUCAAAUGCGAUGGUAUUCAACCUUGUUGUUCUCGUUGUAAAGCUAUGAAACUUUCUUGUGAAUUCUCUGAAGCACCUAGAAAACGAGGUCCUCCCAAGAAUCAUGUUGAAGUCAUUGAAAACCGUGCUCAUCGUAUUGUAUCUCUACUUGGUAAAGAUACUUCUCGUCGUCCUCCAACUAAUACUUCCCCUUCUUUAUCACCUUCUCCUCCGACAACAACAACAACAUCUUUUGUUUCAUUUCAUCUUACUACAACAAAUGCUCUUUUAAACUUGGUUAUUGGUGCUGUGGAUGCUCUAAAGGAAAAAUGGAAAGCUGAUUGUAUUCUUACUGGAGGUCCUAUGACUAGUCUUGCUCAUGAUACUCUUCCUCAAAGAUUCAAAUUACAGCUAGCGGAAAAGUAUUUUGCCAAUUUCAACCUCUUCUUACCUUUACUUUCACGUCAUCAUUUUCUUCAUCGACUUGUUCAUCAACCUGAUGAAAUGGAUCCUCUUCUUUGUUAUGCUGUAUGUGCUAUGGGUAGUCGUUAUUUGGAACAUCGUGAUGAUAUGGAACGACUUUAUUUUGAACACUGUUUAUUACUUUUUGAAAAGCUCAAAACAGAUGAACCUACUUUAGCUAGUGUUCAGGGUGUGAUUAUUAUGUGUUGGUAUACAUUUUUGAUGGGUGAUUUCAAGAAAUGCGCCUGUCUUCGUCGACAUCUAGUGGAUUAUGUACGACGGUUAAAUCUCGGCUUCAACGCAGAUCCUUCACUUAGCAUUGUACAAACUGAACAACGACGACGAACAUUUUGGGUGAUUUACGUGACAGAUGCUUGGCUCUCGUUUUAUACUGAUGCUCGAUUGAUCAAUAUGACUAAGGAAGGAUGGAAUAUCAAGAAACCUAUUUUGGAAGAUAGUCAACUAAAAGCAAUUGAUAGUCGCAAUUUGAAAUGGUCAAGUGAAGAACAACAACCACAAGUCUUACGGGACGAAACAACUGAAGCAGCUCUACAAAUGCCAUCCUUUGAAGAAUUAAUUCAACUCGCUUCGAUUGUUGGUGAUAUGUUUGAUUAUUUACAACCUUCAAGUGAUGGACAACAACGUCAACCUGCACAACAUCUCGAAUCUCAACUUGUCGAUUGGUUCUUACAUCUACCUUCUUAUCUGGAAUAUGGAAAAUCAGAUGUCGAUAACGCACCUAUCGCCAAAACUAUUCGUAUCAUGUAUCAUACUGUACAAAUCAUAUUACAUCAAUCACCACUUUUGGAAAAAAACGAUUCAUACACACGUAACUCCAUCUGCAUCACUGCUGCUGAUGCUAUCAUCAAUAUUGCUAACGAAAUGUUACAACAACAAGACGAACUUAAAUUAUACAACACUUUUACCAUGUCCAUUACUUUGGCCUCUUCAGUUCAUUUGGAAUCUAUGAUGACUCAACAGGAUCAAAAUAUUAACAACAAAGAACGACUGGCUCGUAGCAUCAGAGUUUUGAAAGACGCCAAUUGCAGUUAUCUUACCAGAGUGGACUUUGAUAGAUUAGUGGAUCGGUUUUUAACAAAUCGUUGUGGUCUACUCGUGGAUGAUCAAUUCAAAUCAAGUCAUCAACUGGCUGGUAUGUGGCAAAUAUUACAUCGACCUCGACAAUCUAUGACUCAACAAUCAGUUCUAACCAACAGUGACA